GCCAUCGCCGACGCCACGUCGGGCUCGGCGGAUCUGAGCAACUACUACACGCAGGCCGAGACGCAGAGCUACGUGGCCGGCGAGCUGCUGGCCUACAGCACAACUGCCGCGAUGGAGAGCUACGUGGCCAACGAGCUGCUGGCCUACUACCCCCGCACGGUGCUGGACAGCCAGCUCACGGCCACCUUCCUGCAAUACUGGACCAGCGGCAGAACGCAAUCCGAGAUCGACGACGCCGUCGCCGGCCUCCUGGACCAGGCGACCGCAGACACCCGCUACUUCACCCAGUUCACCCCCGUGGUGAUCCGGAAUUUGCUGUGCCAAACGCCGCUCUCCGCCCAGCCCAUCCUGGGCAACGGCUCGACGCUGCAGAUCAGCUGCGACUGCUGGUCCAAGGGCCAAUCGGACGGGCGCUACCCCUUGGUUGCCAACUUCAAUUCGCUCGGCAGCACGGUCACGUGCAUCGACGGCCGCGUGACCACGCUGGAGUUGCAGGUCGGCCAUCGACGGCCGGGUUUUUUUUUGCUUUGCGAACUCAGACGGUGCAGCCAUCUCGAGUGA